AUUUUGGAAAAGUGAUAAAAAAUUUUUGAAGUUCAAAAAAUCAAAAAUGUUUAAAAAUUUCAAAUUUUACUCGUAAUUUACAGUUCUACUAAUUUUUUUAUGAUUGCCACCUUGACAUACGUGUACUGGAUCAUUUUAGAAUUACUGAAGUCUCUGAAACAAGAAAAAACUGGUGCGUCAUGAAAAUCAAAGCUUAAAUUACAUUUUUUGGUGUGAUUUUUUUUUUUUGAAUGACACUCGAUCGUUACAGUGUAAUGUUUCUCGUUUUUCGAAUAUUUAGAAACAGUGUCACAAAAAAUCCAUCUAAUUUGCUCAGCAGUAUUAUUAGAACCGAUCGAAAUGAUAUUUUGAACUGUUUGAAAAAUUUCAAUACAUUUUAUGCCAACUACGCGAACUUGGCGUUAUCGAAAAAUCACAUUAGUAGAAUCGAAUGUAUAAAAAAUACCCAUUUUCUAAAAUUUUUACAAAAUUAUUGCCGAAUUAAUAUCACGUUUAGAUAUUCGGAUGUUAAUAACUCGACACGAGAAACCAAGAUCGAUGAAACUUCUGUCGUCGUCGAUUCAAUGGCCAAAAGUCUUUCUCGUAGGCGACGAAGAAGAACGAAAUUACAAGUCGAACCGAUUCUAAAAAGUACCAAUAAAAAUCGACCAUCUAAAAGGAAACGAGCCUCUAAGAAGAAACAGAUGAAUAAUUAUUGGUUUAAUUAUCCGGCGGGAUCUUUUCGCAAUUUCGUUUUUGAUCCGAUACAAUCUGUCGAAAAUCCGAAUCUAAAUUAUCAGACGGUUUCGCAUUUUCCACCGUUGAAUCCUAAUCUCGUGUUCAAUAAUAUACCACCUUCGGCAGACCAAUUUUCGCACCAGGAGACAAAAAGUUACAGUGAAGUUGUAAAAACUGUUACACUUCUUCAAUCCGAAGGUACUGAUUUAAAACAAUUCUUAGCUGAGGCUCGUCAAGAUGUUUAUACGCCUUAUGGAGAAUGGAUAAAAGAAGGUGGGCGAAAUGGUGAAGCUCGAGGAGAUUUUAUUAAAGUCCUGUCGUACAACAUCCUUUCUCAGAAUUUACUCGAAAUGCAUCCUCAUUUGUACAAAAACCACGAUGAAAGAUACCUCGACUGGGAGUACAGAAAAGAAGCGUUAUUGAAAGAGUUUCAAGAAUUUGAUGCUGAUGUGUUAUGUUUACAAGAAGUCGAAGGCAAAGAAACCGAGUUCUUCAAUACUCAUCUGGAAGCCUUAGGCUACAAAGGUAUUUACAAGAAGAGAACUAACGACAAAGAAGACGGCUGUGCUAUUUAUUACCGAGUUGAGAAAUUCGAUCUGAAAGAAUACGCUACGGUCGAGUAUUAUCAGCCCGGUAUCCAGUUACUGAAUCGUGAUAACAUUGGACUAAUAGCCAGAUUAUCUCCUAAAAAUAAUCCCGAUCGAAAUAUCGUCUUCGCUAAUACACAUUUAUUGUUCAAUCCGAACAGACACGAUAUUAAAUUGGCUCAAGUUCAAAUUUUGUUAGCUGAGAUUGAUCGAGUAGCGUACAGAUCGUCGAUUAAUAACACAAAUCGUUACACUCCGUAUCACCCAGUUAUAUUAGUCGGAGAUUUCAAUCUAAAACCGUUCACACACGUGUACAAAUUUUUAGUCAGUGGUUACCUCGAAGAUAUCCAGUGUACUUCACGAAACCGAAGAUAUUCUGAUUUCGCAAAUCCUAAUCAAUUGAUGCCUGUUCAUUUAGGAAUCACAGAUGCGUGUCAGCAUUACGAAGUGGUUAGAAAUAGAGUUCAAUCUAGAACGGAAAUCAGUGAUUUUAAAUUUGUUCGGUUGUUCAAUUCAGACAGAAAAAGUUUAUCGUUUAGUGACGAGCAAUUAGGACGAAAAGAAAGAAUGAAUUAUAGACAUUUCGGAUCCGGUUGCUUGUAUCAUCAUCUGAAUCUCACGUCUGUUUACCCGCACGAUCAAUUUAGAGGAAAUAACGCCACAACAUUUCAGGACGAUUGGUGUAACGUUGACUAUAUAUUUUACGGACCAGGAAGAUCUCGAAACGGAAGCAAACACGAGGGUGAAUUGAAACUAGUUUCAUAUCUGAGGUUACCUACUAAAGAAGAAGCCGAAGUAUUAAAAGCAAUACCGAACGAAGCCUGUGCUUCUGAUCAUCUUCCUCUACUGGCUACCUUUUUUCUUCCAUCAUAAUAUGGAUAAUUUACGUGUCUGUUGACUUCUAGUCUAUUGUUGUUUUCAUGUUAAGUUACGGUAUUUUUGUAUUCAACUUUUACAGCGAAAUGAUGAUAGAUUGUAGAUGCCACCCGCCUUAUUACGUUUUUAUAAGUGUUGAAAUUUCGAAUUAUGUUCUUUAUUUUAUAGUGUUUCGCUGUUUCUUUUUUUCUUUUCUAAAGGUGUUACUUUUUUUUUCAUUAAGCAUGAUAAAUAUACUGUGUUCUUUUUUCUCA